AUGGGGACGUGCAGCUAUGUGUUGCUUGGGACCGAAAAUUGGAUGAAAGAGACAUUUGGGUCGACGUGCCAUGGGGCGGGGCGGGCGCAGAGGCAGUCCGCUUGCCGGCAGCAGCUUAACUAUGAAGAGGUGUUGAACAACUUGGAGGGAAAGGGGAAUGCGAUUCGCGUCGCGUCGCCAAAGCUGAUCACUGAGGAGGCGCCAGAGGUAGGUGACAGGAAGGCUUACAAGGACGAAUCCGCGGUAGUGGACAUAUGCGACCAAGCCGGGAUUUCGCGAAAGUGCCUGAAGCUGCGGCCGAUGGCCGUCAUCAAAGGGUAG